GCCAAGUCUAGUUCGUAUAUCUGUCAUUCUCGCUCCCCUCACUCCUUCCUCUUCUCUCCCAGCAUCGACUAGGUCGCCCUUCCAUUCUUUUUUACCGUCUCUCUUUACGACCGCCGUUAUGGCCCAGCUUAAUUUCUUAAAUUUACUUGCAGCUGCGACUCUUGCCGUUAUCGCCUUGUCCUACAGCCCAGCCCCCGUUGCUGCCCUCUCUCCUGACUCUCACGGUCAGAUUUUUGCUCGCCGUGGUGUUCACCAUGGCAUGCGUCGUGAGCCUGCCUCAAAGAAAAAGCGGUCCAAUUCAAAGCGCUGCAAGGUUCGCGAGUCCUCGUCGUUGGUUUCUUCUUCGACUGUGUCGUCGUACACACCCGCUUCUACUUCUUCGGCUGCCCCCUAUGUAGCGCCUUCUACAACUAGCUCUUCGAGCAGUUAUGUGGCCUCCACCACCUCCUCUGCUACCACCUCUUCCAGCUCGGGUGUCUGGAUUGGGCCCAAGGGCGGUCUGGCAUGGCCCAAUGGCGACAAUGGCAAACUGGCAAACUGGAAGACCAACCAUAUGACUUACCUGUACACUUGGGGCAGCAGCCCUCUUCCUGCAGCCUCUAAUGUCGGGUUCCAAGUCCUUCCUCAACUCUGGGGAGACAGGGAUACCGCGGAGUUUUCACAGAAUAUCGGCUCCUACACUACUCCCACUUACGUUCUCGCCUUCAACGAGCCCAAUGAGUCGGGCCAGUCCAACAUGACCCCCGACCACGCCGUUCAGUUGUGGUGGCAGUACAUUGAACCCCAGAAGGCCAAUGGACACAAGCUUGUCGCCCCCGCCGUUUCCUCCAGUCCCGCAGGCUUCACUUGGACUCAAGAGUUCUUUUCUAAAUGCGUUGGAUGUACCAUUGAUGCGAUCGCCACGCACUACUACGAUAUUUCUGCCACUGAUUUCAUCGCGUAUCAGAACAAGUUCCAUGAUGCGUUCGGUCUCCCAAUUUUGGUUACUGAAUAUGCUUGCCAAAACUUCAACAAUGGCCCUCAAUGCACGUCGGACGAAAUUUGGAGCUUCAUGACCACUACAACUGCAUGGAUGGAUUCUACAGAUUGGAUUAUAAGUUACAUGUGGUUUGGUGCCAUGCUCGACAUGUACAACGUUAACUACGAAUGCCAGCUGAUGGGCUCAGACGGUGUGCCCAACUCUCUUGGGUACAGAUUUAUCAAUGGUUACUAAAGAUUUCUUUUUUUCAUUCGGAUGCACCGACGCACCGAUUUUGCCUCCCAUAUAUGCAUGGAUUUGGUCGAUACCCUCAUUACAUUUUCCAUAUCUUUCAGACCCGUAGUACGGGUAAUUGGGCGAGCUUGCGAGCCUUGUUUAUUGGUUAUCUGGUUCACACCGGCAUCGUUGAUCUCGAUGAAGUAUUGCUGGUGAUAUAUCGUUUUCUUAGUAGCAUUUUAUCUACAUUGCAUUAGUAUGUGUUUUCACCGAUCCGCGCGUCCUGCCAGAUUUAAUUCAUUUAUUGCUGAGCCGCCUUUAUCUCUCUUGAAAAGU